UGUGUCUGCUUUGGAAAAAGAUACGGGUCAGGAGGGCGAAGUAACGGGAUUUUCCACGUUAAUUCUCCGCUGUAAUAUGGCUGCUGCUCGGCUAACGGUUAGCUAACCUCCAGAUAGAUCUUUAGGGCUUUGAUAAAAAACUAAAAUCCGGACUCUAUUGGGUGUUUUUGCCUACUAACUCCAGUGUAGCAGGGAUGUAGCUGCGCCUCACAGCUGUCAUGGUGUUUACCUAAUAUGUAACACCGCCGGGCUCUUUCUCUGGUUUCCUAAUAAGUGACUCGUAUUUAAGAGAAGACACCAUCACCUCCAGCCCGAUCUGUCCUCCAUCACCCAGAUGCCUAACACAUCAGAGGGUCAGGGGGCUCACCCCCCCGGCCCCGCUGAGCAGCCAGGGCUGCAGAGGGCCGCGAGAGGAGAGGGGGGCCACGGGCUGAUGAGCUCCAUCGCCCGGGAUGCUGCGAGGCUGAGGCGGGCUUCCAGUGCUGAGCUUCACCUGCAGUGGACCUGCCCAGUCACACACUCCCGGGAGAAGUUUUACACGGUCUGCUCAGACUAUGCCCUCCUGAACCAGGCGGCCGCCGUGUACUGCUGCCCACCGAGGAACAAGCAGGAGGACGGAGCCCCGCAUGGGAAGGCGAAAGCCUCCACGGACCUCAGCGGCGGGCAGCCUGGAGGGGGUCCUGUGGGAUCGGAUGGGGGCUGUGACGUGGAAGAGGUGUCAUCAUGUCACACCAAGCCUCUUCUGGCCUGGGAGAUUGAUACAGCAGACUUUAACACCGUUUUCACUAGGAAAAUAAGAACAAGCAAUGCAAAGAAAAGCAGCUCUAAGAAAAUGAGGCCGUCAGACAGACCCGGCAGGAACCUUCAGGAUGUUCCUGUUCAUGCGUCGCUGGAGGAAAUCAAACAGAGAAAAGUGCUGGACCUCAGGAGAUGGUACUGCAUCAGUCGGCCUCAGUACAAGACUUCUUGUGGUAUCUCCUCUCUGGUGUCCUGCUGGAACUUCCUGUACAGCACUCUGGGUGCAGGAAGUCUGCCGCCCAUCUCUCAGGAGGAGGCGCUGCACAUUCUGGGCUUCCAGCCGCCAUUUGAGGACAUCAAGUUUGGCCCCUUCACAGGCAACGCAACAUUAAUGCGGUGGUUCAGGCAAAUUAAUGACAAUUUCCGCAUGCGAGGAUGCUCCUACAUUUUGUACAAACCUCACGGCAAACACAAGACAGCAGGAGAAACAGCUGAAGGCGCGCUGAUGAAGCUGACUCAAGGCUUGAAGGAUGAGUCCAUGGCCUACAUUUACCACUGUCAGAACCAUUACUUCUGCCCAGUGGGCUUUGAGGCUACGCCGCUGAAAGCAGCUAAAGCUUACAGGGGUCCUCUAGCCUCCAAUGAAAUGGAGCACUGGAUCCUAAUCGGUGAACCCAGCAGAAAACAUCCAGCAAUCCACUGUAAAAAGUGGUCAGACGUCGUGACCGACCUCAAUACGCAGAACCCUGAAUACCUGGACAUCCGCCACACAGAGAGGGGGAUUCAGCGCCGCAAAACCAAAAAGGUGGGGGGUAACCUGCACUGCAUCAUGGCUUUCCAAAGAGUGAACUGGCAGAAGCUCGGCCCCUGGGCUCUAAAUCUGGAGAACCUGCGGCACGACUUUCACCACUCCGGCCCAGAUCGAUCCCACGUCAGCGGGGCCGAGGACUCGGAGGAGAGGACAGCGUCCAAGCGGCUGUCCCAGCUGGGACGCUCACAGAGCAUGGGCAGCCAGAAGGACACCUGCAGCUGGAAACGGCUGUCCAACACGACUGAGUACAGACAGAGGAGCUCCCCUGAUAGUGACCUGGAGGAGGACAUCACAGACUGAGGAGGUGGAAGUGGGACAUGAUGGCGGAUGACACAACGAGCAGGGCCGAGGUUUGGGUGGGAUGGGCCUCUUAAAAACACGCAAGGCGUUGAUUCAGCUCAUUGUUUUAAUAUUUAUGGGGAUAUUUAUAAUAAACGUUACGCCUCCGUUAGUGUUGACUUCAUCACCUCUAUUUUUUUCCCGCUGUCAUAUUUCCAGUUUCAGGAGCGACAUUGAUAUUAGCGUUUAUGCAGCUUCAAAUAUUUGCACUAAAUAAUCUUGGCACUACCAGAUUUAUUACUUACUCGUAAGAAAUCAAACAAGAAAGACAGAUUUUAGGCUCUAAUAUGUAUCUAAUCAGUUGGAAAAUCACAAAUUGGAUCUUCAGGGGGGUCAAUGAUUUUAUAUGGGCGAAAAGAACAAAAGAUUGACAUAAAUAAACAGAAAAAUUGCAUUUUGUAGUUUAUUAAGUGAGCCACACAACUGUAAUUUCAGUUGUUUCUGAAACAAAUAUUCAAGUAAAUUGUAGAGUUGAAAUUUAAAGUUUGUCUAAGGGACAAAACAGUUAUGGUAUCAUUUUUCAUCAUUAGAGGUGUGGGAAAAAAUCGUUUUGGCGAUUUUUGGCUGCCUGAUAUAAUAUCGAUCUUUCACUUCCUAGAAUCAGUUUUUUAAAACAAAAGAUUUUAAUCUAAACUAUGAGGGAAAAUGCGCUACCUCUGCACCGCCACUCUGACAGAUAGCGCUGUGGGUUCAGCGCCAUUUCUGUAGGUGAGGCGGUCACAGUGGAACACAUGGACUGACUCACACCCCAAAACAACAUGGAUACCAAAAUAAUUAAAUGAUCAAUAUCUCCUGUUAAACAUUUUCCGCACUUGCUCUUUUAUAUAUAAACAUUUCAUUUUGAUAGGUGGGAAAAUAUCGCAAUAUGUAGUGAUAUUGCAAUAUUGUGAUAAUAUCGUAUCGUGAUCAAACUAUUGUCCUACUUUUCGUGUCGCAACACCCAUGCAAAUAUUCAGCCCCAGUCAUCAUCAUAAGAAACUGAUUUAGCAUUACACUGCAAAAAAUGAUCUAAAAAAGUAAAAGUUUCUUAAAAUCAGUGUAUUGAGAAGGUAAAUCAGAGGAUCUGCCACAGGAAGGAGGAUUUUGAUUAUUAAAUAUGGUGCAAUUGAAAUAAGACAAUAGUUAUCUUUACUGUAUUUCAUCUGCAAAUUGUAGUACCUGCUUAAAUUGAGGCGAAAAUGACUUAACAUUUGAUUAUGUUUUUUAGCACAGGGGCCAUAAUGGUCAUAUAUAUCAGCUCUAAAUGGUUGCACUGACAAAGACUCUCUUCAUUGGGAAAGUCAUAAUAUAUUUUUAUACCUCCUUACGGUUAAUUUAG